AUGGCGUUUUUCAUAUUGAUUUUAAUUUCAGAACCAUCCCCGGAAGCAGAAAUUUCUGAAGAUAGCAAGAACCUGUCUGGCAGAUCCGCACAAAUAUUUGUAGAUCCGUGUGUCUUGAAUCCCUGCAAACAUGGCGGUACUUGUAAAACUCGAACGAGAAAUUCCAGUAAGGACCAUCCUUGUCAGACGAAUCCAUGUCUUAACAAUGGAAUAUGUUCACCAGCAAGAAAUGUCAUUGGCAACGCCUAUUUUUGCAUUUGUCCCCAGGGUUACUCCGGGCGUAGAUGUGAAACUUUCACUCACGUUGUGAUCCCGCAGUAUCCCGAGGUUUGUAAUCCGAAUCCGUGCAAAGGUGAUUGUCAAUGCACGAAGUCGUGUCGCCAUUCUUCUGGAUAUUACUGUAGAAGCCCGACUGGAUUCCUAGGGAAAGACUGUACUAUUCCACCACCUACCCUGAUGUGUGAGCCGAAUAGGAUCAUAGUGAUUGUUGAAGAUGCUUUUAUACGUGAAUAUGAGCAAGGUAUUGAAAAUACCAAACUUGCAAUUUCUCAAACCGCGGAUGGAAUUGCCACAGCUUCACGAGAUUGCUCGGGUUCAUUCGAUGGCACCAGGCACACCUUUACCCUUCAUCUGCCUUUUACACAAUGUGCCACUCAAGCUAAAUUGGGACCGGACGGCCAAACAACCUUCGUUAACAACAUAUGGCUCAACAGGGUUCUUGGUGAAGGAUUUGACAUGCCAGUCCCUGCCAUUACUUUUGAAUGUACUUAUCAGAAACAGUACAGCAUUGUGACUUCGUUAAAACCAGCACGUGAGCAGCCACUACUGAUCAAGCAAACUGGAACCCAGAUUGUGCAAGGAUCCAUCGAGUUAUGUAAAGUACCUUAUUCAUGCCCAAACGCAUGUCCCUCUCCGUAUGCUCUUACGCAAGGGGCAGUGUAUACAGUGGGCGAAAUGAUACAUUUGAAUAUAAAUGGCGGUAGGGGACAAUUUCAGGGAUUAAUUACAAUCAAUGAAUUGUCUCUGUCAUGCGAUGAUGCACCGAAUGGAAAUGUAGCAGUCACCUUGAUCAGCGACGAAUGUCCGUUAAAAAAUAUGCCUGUCGUUAUAUCACACAGUGGAGUAUCGCAAUCCGUAUGUAUUUCAUUUCAAGUACCAAAACUGCAAAAUUGUGAGAGGUUUUACAUUCACGCAAAACUUCAGUCUUGCUCUGAAAAUGGCUGCGUUGUUUUUCAUACCGCGGAUGGAACUUGUUUUCAACUUGGUCGUAAACGUCGUGACGUAGAAGAUGAAUCAAUUCCGUUUGAAUAUUUUGAACAACGUUUUGGUCCGAUUCACGUAAUAGACGGCGAAGUAGGAAUACCGAAUGAACUGUUGUUCCCGGGUGACGAGACUGGAAAUUUUUCUGUCGAGCUUGUCGACAAUCCAACUAGAAUUGUGCAAGGAUUGCCUGUUCACGAAAUACCAUUUACAUCGAAGGAUGAUACCACUGACAUUGCAAUCAUGGUCGUCACUGUUGUCGGAUUUUGUAUAAUUUUUUCACUACUUAUUUCUAUUGUGUUGUAUUUACGAAUUCGCAAAGAAAAAUUUCUUUGUAUUUAUUCAUGACAAAAUAAAUCUAAGACUGUUGCA